AUGUUUUGUGAAGAUGCCUGUCUGGGUAGUUCUUGUGGGUUAGAAAAAAUGCGGAGUAUUAAUGAUAAGCUGAAUACGGAGGUUGUUGAACGAAUAAAUGGCUCUCAGGAACUGGUGAUGCUCACAAACUUUGCUCGGGAGUCAAACGAGUACCAUUAUAAGAAAUGUCUUCAGGAAAGAAUUUCAGAUGUCAGCUCCUGGAGAUGGGUGCUUGAAGACCUAUCUAAACGUCUUGAUGAAGCAAUUCGAGCCCUGAAGUACGAGGAAAAUGCACUAGGAGUAGUGGUCGAGCGUAUAAAGGAUGAAAUUCAAAUUCAUUCAAAACAAGCAUCAAGGCCUGGUGCCAUGAAUCCCCUUUGCGAUGUAGUCGAAGAAGCAAUCAUGCAGGAAUAUAAUUUCCUAAAGGAAGAAAAGAAGAAAUUUGAAAACCUUAUUCCGGAACUGAAACAACAGACUGCAAACUUGGAGAAGACUAAAAAAAGAAUAGACAAAGAUAUACACGUCAAAGAUCAGGCAAUAAGCGUGGACGAAAACUGUGUGGAUAAAAAUUAUUCAGAUGCAGUUGUUGAUGCUAAUUGGAAAGAGAAGAAGAAGAAAGGUUUACCGAUAAAGAAAUGGGAAAAGCGAUGUCUCACUUUGAAAAGAGCGGGAUUGAGAGCCUUGAGUAAUUCUAUUGUCACGCGACAACAGGUAAGAGGAGCGAGGACCCAACUAUCUUACGCUGCGCAGGCGAUGUCCGCUCGCGUAGACACAGUAUUGAGGCGACGCAUACAUUCAAACGCACACAAGUUGGACGACUUAAAAUGGCAGAAGGAAGAGAUCCCUCCAACAUGCAGUGUCAAAUGCAAUAUCCAAAAUAGAUUGCACCUUAAAUGAUCUCUCACAUACAUUAAUAUUGGAUGAAGAACGAUUAAGUUCAAGAACUGGUGAGGUA